GCCUCUCACGUACGGAGUCGCAAAUCAAGCCAUUAUCUGGGCCUGUUCAAAGAGAAUACAAAAUCUCCAGAGCGCAAAAAGCGCGAUGAGCGUCUUGCGGAAAGGGAUCAGGAGCGUCAACGGGGCGGCGGCGAGGGUCACUAUUCUGGUGAACGGGGAAGAGCUGAAGGUACUUCCUCGUCGUUGCGCUCUCAGGUUAUACUCCUCCCCCCCGACGUGUCAGAGCCCCACCAGUUGCAACGAGAGGACGAUGAGAAUUCUCAUGAUGAGGAUGGAAGAAGUGAUGUACUUGAUUCUACCAGCACUACUCCUACAAAACACACUACUAGAAAUCCGCUUCAUAUUGAUACUACCGAAGAAAAACCCCGCACGGAUAGGUGGAGGAAGGUUCCUGUUGACCUCCUGGAUGAAAUCAAGAGCUACCGUGGCUUCGUUUCUCCGUCAACAGGCACCCUGCCCACCCCGAUCUUGGAUCGUGGAUCAGCUCUAGGUUUUGGGUCAGAUUCCACCUUCGACAGCAAUUCUGCAGGGUCUGACACUACACAGCGUCUCACACGGGCAGGCUCAGACAGUUACGAGGACGAAGAACGGAUUUCGUCCGCUCUCUACUUCCCACAUCAACGCCAAGAAUCAGAUGAUGUCGAGGUCGAGGUUGAGCAGCUCAACACCCCAGAGGAAGAGGAACCUCCGGAAGAGGAGCUCAAGCGUUUAUCCCUAGAGAUGAAUGAUGAGGGGACACUAAACGAACCCUCCAAGCAUGUGGACAUAUCUUUGCGUUCGGAUGGCGACGCUCAGCUCCUCCAUGGAGACAUGCCGAAGACUUCUGAGGAUCGAGUCGGCGAGAAGAACGACCGUCCGCUGACCACGAUUUCAGAGUUGGGCCCUGAAUCAACGUCUGAGUCUGAAUUUGCCUCAGCGGAUGAAAGUGGGCUUUCUGCACGUGAGGAAGAGUCUAGUUUAACGGACGAUGCAGGCGCUAUUCCAGCUAGUGCUGCAACGCACUACAAUCACCACUCUGCACGCUCUAGGCGUAAACAUGCGCACGCGCCUACCGCGCCUCUUGGAGCUGUGGAGCUAAAGCCGUAUCGACAUCAAGUCGGGGGCCAUACUACAGUAUUUAGAUUUUCCAGACGAGCUGUCUGUAAGCAAUUGAAUAAUCGGGAGAAUGAGUUUUAUGAGAGAAUUGAGCGUAGACAUCCCGAAAUGUUGAUGUUUCUGGCAAGAUAUAUUGGCGUUCUGAACGUAACGUUCUCCAAAGGCCCAAAGCGACCAAAGAAUAAACCCGAUGAGACCGCCGUUGAAAGCGGAACUGGCCCCUCCACCUCCACACAAAACGAUGCUGAGAAAACCCCGCAGGUUUCGAAAGAGACCAAAGACGUAGAAAGUCCGCGGAUUUUUAGCCAAUCGCAAGUUACAGGGGUCAUUCCGAAGGUGAUUCUGGAGAAUAACCGACAUAUAAUUCCGUUAGAUCUGUUUACUUCUACCGAGUCCCCAGAUAGUAGAGAUACUUCUGGGACUGGAAAAACUGCGGCUAAGUCGGCAUCAGCAUCGACCACCGGUGCGCCUCCUCUAAAGAGGCAUGGAGCCAGCUGGGGCGCGACAACUGUGAAUACAAAACUACAGGAACAGGUUCUCCGGGAAGUUUUUGCGCCGCCGCCAAUCCACCAUCAUCGGCGCCACGCUCGUGGACAUAAUUCCCUAUCCAGGUUGCGGGCUGAGACCUCGCGAAGACGAAAAAAUGCUUCCAUGGCUCGUCAGUCUUCACAGAGCGACAGUUCUGUUCGCACUGUGCGCGAAGGAUCGAUGCCCCCUCUUCGAAUGAAUCGGGACGAAGACAAGAAGGAGACCAAUUUAUUGUCGUCUGUCUCCACAGUUGUGAAUGGGGAUACCCAUGCGCUGGAGAAAAUCUAUACCGAAGAAGCACCCUAUCGUCCCAAAGUCUUGGCGCCCACCACCUCACGAACGAGGCGCCGUCACUCUGGUAGCGGACUUGAAAGACAACGAAGCAUGAGCAAUGGUAAAGCUGGAGACCUGGUUUAUUUUGAUGACGAUGGAUAUGGUGGGGAUAAGGAAGAUGAAAUCUUCAGAAUGGAGCCGGAAGCGCUAACCCACCCUGCUUCCUCGCAACCCGUCACGAACCCUGCCCUUGUUUUCGACGAUGCUCCUUCUGGUGCUCAUGAAAGCGAGACAACGUUAGAGUUAGCGACUCCACUCCAGAACAAGAAAUAUCCUGUCACUCUGGAGACUUCGGCUGGGGGCCCUGUGCGUCUCCCUGUCAACCCCAAAGAAGCACAGACGACGCGGGAUGAACGGGUUAAGUUCUUCCUACUUCUUGAAGACCUUACUGCUGGAAUGAAUAGGCCGUGUGUACUCGAUCUAAAAAUGGGUACCCGCCAGUAUGGAAUCGAGGCCGAUGAGAAAAAGAAGAAAUCUCAGAGGCGCAAGUGCCAAACUACUACAUCGCAGCAGUUAGGAGUACGGCUUUGUGGGAUGCAAGUCUGGAAUAUCAAGAAGGAAGAGUAUCUGUUCGAGGAUAAGUAUUUCGGCCGUGACCUCAAGGCUGGACGACAGUUCCAGGACGCUCUCACAAGAUUCUUGUAUGAUGGGGUUAGUUACUCGAGCGUCACCAAGAAGAUUCCUAUUAUCCUUGAUAAACUUGCUCGACUAGAGAGUAUGGUGCGGCGACUCCCCGGUUACAGGCUUUACGCCAGUAGUCUCUUGAUCCUCUACGAUGGAGAAAAACCUGUGGAACAAGAGAAGCCCGACGCCACGACGACGACAGUUGAUCGUGACUUUGCAACAAAACAACAAAAUAAGAAGAAGGGAACAUCCCUAGUAGAUGACAAGGACGGACAGAACAGUUUCGGCCUCCGCGUGAAAAUCGUCGAUUUCGCCAACUGCAUCACAGGCGAAGAUGGCAUACCGCCCAAUGCGCCCUGUCCACCCCGUAACCCGCAUGACAUUGACCGCGGAUACCUGCGCGGCCUGCGGUCGCUCCGCAUGUAUUUCCAACGUAUCCUAAGGGAGAUUAAUGAUGAGGACUAUGUGGAGAGGGGGGAAGGGGAGGGAAUGGCGUUUUCGCGGCGUGGUGGGGCUGGGAUGGGGGUUGGAAGGGAGAAUGGUGGUGAUGGGUAUGAUGGUGGGUUUUGGGAGGAGGGUGUUAUGGAUAGUGAUCCCGGGGAGGUUAGUGUUUAGGUUUUGGUUGUUGAGUGUCUCGCUUCUCCCCGCCCUUUCCCUUCUUCGUCCACGUUCGCCCUGGAUCGUGGGUUUUAUUUCGUUGUGGGUAUUCCUCGUUGGCAACAUUUUUUUUUUUUUUACUUCUCUUUGUUAGUAUGACGGGGUUUGCUCCGAUUUCUCUGUUUUCUUAUCCUUCAUGACCGUUGUUUUCUUACGGGGCUUUUUCUUCCCUUUGCCGUUUUUGUUCUUCCUGUUUUUUUAAAAACCUACCUUCUGCCGCUUCUUAUUCAUACUUUUCUUAUCUUUUCCCACCUUUUUUCCCCAUUUUCCCGGUUUUUAUUUAUUUAUUAUGGGCUGAUGGGACAUGGGAAAUGGACCGCAUGGGACACGGAAACUGGCAACAGGAUUUGGGACCUGGGAUUCGGAUUGGGUUACUGGGACGGAGUUUUUAUUUUUAUUAAAUUUUUUUCGGAAAUUCGGAAAUUCGAAAAGAAAGCGUAACGUCAACAAUAACAUUAAUAGCUCCUAGAAUUGAUGAAAUGAAAUGAAAUGACACGGAAAUUACACUAUAGCAUUGUUGUGCAGCACAUGUACUCCGUAUGUAUGCCCGAC